AUGGAAGUGCUUGACAGCUGUGAAACCCUCUUCCUAUUUGAAUUGGAAUACUGGAGGGAAGUCAACGUGGUUAAACGCCCCGCUCCUCAGACCUUGCCUACUGCUACUACUACUACCUCGGGUGCAGCCUCAGAAAGGGUUUCGACAACUGUGUCAAAUCAAGCCAGUGGUAUUUCGCCCGGCAACCCUACCUCAGUGGACUCUGGUCACCGUAACACGGGUUCCUCGACCACCCUAGUAUCUAACACCGGUUGUGCCACCGGCUUAGACGCCCUUCCGACUGCGGACUUUACCUCCUCUUCUCCCGUUAAACGAUUUGUUUUCUGCUUUCGUACUGCUGAUGCAAAAGCAGACUGGCUGGGCACCAUGAUUGCCUUGCAGACGAAACGUUUCACGCAGCCCGACACAGUGAACACUAUUCAAUUCGAACGCCCUCAAGUUGACAGCAGUGCUGAAAUCCCCGUCAUCAAGGCUGCAACAAUAACCAAACUGGUUGAACGCAUGACCUACCAUGCGUACUACGAUAGCAAAUCGAUUCGGACCUUCCUACAGGUUGUUUUCCUUCGUUUAUAA